AAGCACAUGAUGCUUUACCCUGGCAUGUACCAGACUGCACAUUCUCGGGAGCAAAAACACAAACAAAAUUUUGCUCCAUUUAAUACCUUCUUGCCUCGAUUUAGGACAGACUCAAAGGACACUUAUUAUCCUGGGUAUGUCUCCUCUUUUCUGGAGUGCUUCAACAAACAGAGGAAGACCAGGGCUGAGCACGUGGCCCUCGUAGACCAAGUGCUUCAGGAAGUCAUUCAGCAUGUGUGCAACUGUGGGGCAGAGGGUCAAGGUCUUUGCCUGGCUCAUGAGAAAUUCAAGGAUCAGAGAAAUAUUGACCCAGACAAUACUCCUUCCUUGCAGCUGUCCACUGACAAGGACUUCAGAAAGCACCGGAACUGCGUGGCCUACCUAAGCCUGUUUUACAACUGAGGAGCUGUGACUGCGUUCACGCGGUCCUCCUGACCGCAGAUCCAGGACUGAGGACAGAGUCGCUCUUCCCCCUGCACUGCUGUGCUCUCUCCUCUGCCAGCAUGGGGCCCGGGGAGGGAGAGGGCUCAUAACUACCGUGUGAGAGGAAAAAGACCGCUGCAGAGCUCUGUCUCCA